AAUUUUCCUCCACAUCUAACAAAGGGAAAAGACUGAUAAAGUGCUCGAAUUGCCCCUUCUCAAGCAAAACAAAAGAACGUGCAUGCUUUUUGUUACCCUUUGAAGAUCAACACCUUCAACCCCACGCAGGCAAAACAUUUGAUUGAUUGAUUGAAUACUGAAAUAGUGUCUAUUCGGCAACACUUCUAUAUUAUUAAAUCGGGAAGUUGGAUAGAAGGAAUCCAUUCAACCACUUACAUGCUGGCCGAAUGAAGUAAUCAACAAAAAGGGAAUCAAAACCUUCUUUACCUAUUCCUCCACCAUCGAAAAACGAAAGAGUCUCUCUUCUUAUUUUACGACUUCAUCACUCUUUUGCUUUUGAUUUGAUUUGACAAUUAUGCAAAUCAUUCGUAACAAACAAUUCAUCACCGCCAGCUUGGUGGCUCUUUGCUUGGCUUUGGCCGCUCAACCUGCUCAAGCUGAUUGGAUUCAAGACUCUGCUAUUGGAGGACAACGUGUUUUCAAAGCAGGUUUUGACGCUUGGACUGAAUCUGACCUUCGUUCUUACUUGUUGGACCGCGGUGUAAUUGCACCAACUUCAACUCGUGAACAAUUGGUCUCUUUGGCCCGUCAAGAUUACGAUGCAGUAAGCAAAAGCGUAAGCGAUGCAACUGGAUCAGCACAAAAGUCUGCUUCUCAAGCAGCCGAUACGGUCUAUUCAGCGGCCGCAUCGUUUGAAUCGGCGGUUCGUGAUUAUAAAGAUGCGGCUAUUGAUCAAGCUUAUUCGUUGACCGAUUUAUAUUAUUGGGCUUCUUCUUCUGCUUCUUCCUUUGGCUCUUCUUUAUCUAAACAGGCUUCUCAAUCUGCAAGUAGCGCUUCAAGCGCGGCUGAAUCUGCUGCAAGUUCAGCAAGCAAAAAUGCACCAAAAGAUGCUUCAAGUCUUUCAUCUGAAGCUCAAUCUGCCGCAUCAGGUGUAAGCAAGAGUGCAUCUUCUUUUGCUGCUCAAGCAACAGGUGCAAGUUACCGUGCCGCAAAUGAUGCUUCCGAUUACAUAUUUUCAACUUGGAAUGAUUCUCAAUUGAGAAGUUGGUUGAUCGAGAACGGUUACGUUAAAUCUGACUAUGAAGCCAAGCGAGAUGAUUUAUUGGCAGCCGUUCGUGAUGCAUACACUGCCACAACAAAAGCACCUUAUGAGAUUUACUCUGACAGCUACUUGCACGACUGGCUCGUCGAUCACGGAAUCAUCCGUACCCCCGGUCAAAAGACCCGUGACGAAUACUUGAACUUGGCCAAGGACUACUAUUACUCCGGCUCUGACUCCGUUUUCAACUCAUGGAAAGAAAGUGAUUUGCGUAAAUAUUUGAUCGAUAACGGAUACAUCAAAUCCGACUUUCAAGCAGCAAGAGACAAGUAUGCCGCCUUGGUUGCAUCUAACUACAAAUGGACAAGCGAUCAAAUCUUUUCCACAUGGACAGAUUCUGAUUUGCGUAAUUAUUUGAUCGCAAACGGAUACAUUAAAUCUGAUUUCGAGGCAAAACGUGAUGAAUAUAUCGAUUUGGUACAAAAGCACGGAAACAAUUUAGUUGAUGGAGCCCGUGAAUAUUAUUCAUGGAGUGAUCAACGUUUACGUACUUUCUUGGUUCAAAAUGGAAUCACAACUGAUCGUUUACCAAAAUCUCGUGAUAGUUUAUUACGUGAAACCCGUGCAAGAUUUGCACCAAAGAAAGGAUUAUUGGAUCAAUUGAAAGAAGGCGUUCAACAUAUCUUUGAUUCAGUUCAUGAUGCAAGUGGAAAAGUUGAACAGAAUGCAAAGGUUGCCAGUAUUAGUGCAAGUUCAGCUGCUAGUGCUGCUGCUGCUGAAGCAAGCAAAGCUGCCGGUCACAUUGAAUUGUAAAGGGGGAAAAAGAUACCUUUUUUGGAUAAGAUUACUUCUCUUCUUUUUUUUCAUCUCAUCAAUUAUCUUUAUUUACCCUUUGCCUUUUCCCCUUUUUAUUAUGACGGAGAUAUACCAGCCGUACGCUCAUCCAAAUCCUUUGUCAUGUCAAUUAAUGAAUGAAAGUUUUAAGUCGAUUGU